UUUUUUUUUGAUUUUCUUUUAAACUUUCGAUUUUAUGUCACAAUGUCAUUACCAAAUGAACUUUUAAUUGGCAUAUUUACUAAAUUGUUUUAUGAAUCCAGCAUAAAGCAAUUUUUAAAUUUAAGAAUAAUAUGUAAGCGAUGGAAUCAAAUUAUUCCAAUCGUUUUCAUUGAUGAAAUUAAAUCUUUUUACGAAAAUAAAUUAAAAUGUCGUAUCAUAUCAAUAUAUAAUGGAAUUCCAUUCUUCGUACAAUCAUCAUAUACAAUAAAUUUUUCAUCAUAUAAUCCUUUAACACAAACUUUCCUUUUAAAAUUCAACAACAAAAAUCGUAAAUUACCGAAUAUAUUAAAACAUGAUUUACUUAGUUCAAGUAUUUUUUUAUAUAAUUUAUAUACUGGUAAAUUAGUAUUUAUAGAUAAAAUAAUUGAUGAUGAAUUUACUGGAAUAAAUCAUUGUAUAUGUAUAAAUAUUAAGAAUUAUGAUAUAAAUAAUGAUUUAAAAAAUAUUAAUUUAGAAGAUGAGAAAAUUUUUAUUGAAGGAAUUCUUGUUCAUGGAAAUUUGUUAUCUAAAAUAUUAAAUUGUGAUUUAAUAAUAAAUUAAACUUUUGAUAAACUUUUUUAAUGUGAUG